UCGAGGGCUGCCGCGCCGCUCAAUACACGCGCGCCGCGCGUACCGCGCGGCUAUGAGCCCCGAAGGGAAUGUCAUGGCCCAGUGUGCCGAAAACACUCACCGGCAACAGCCCUGUGCAAUCCUGAAAUAAAAAAAUAAUUAUUUUAGAAUCUAGUUAUUCGGAAUACAAAUUAGAUUAAGGAUUUUUACUUAAGUCGGAUAAUGUAAACAACGAAUGUUCUACCUCAAGUUAAUGUUCAGUAGUUUUUAAACUAUCGUAAGCGAAAUUGAUAAGCAGACGUGAAUCGCAUGUGACUAGGUUAGUAGACAAAAGAAAAGUGAUAAUAAAAAUAAGCUGUCAAAUUUAGGCGCGAAUUGUGUAAACUUUUUCUGAGGAUCGCAGCUGUCAAGUUCUCCAGCCAGUUUGAGCUGUAGAGUUGCGAUGAACGAACUCGACUUGAUCAAGGAGGUGGAGAAACGACCGAUCCUCUACGAUAAGUCUGUGAGUGGCUUCAACAAAACCAAGCUCCGGGAUGACGCGUGGAAAGAGGUGCAGGAAGCCCUGAAUGUUACAGAGGCGGAGUGCAAGAAGCGCUGGCGUUCGCUUCGCGACUCUUUCAUCAAGCUGCAGCGCACGCACGGCGGCCGCACGCGCUGGCCCUACCACCACGCCAUGCGCUUCCUGCUGCCGCACGUCGAGCCCAAGAUGGAGAACAAAGAAGAGGAAUCGGACACAGAAGACGACCCUCCGAUGCGGUUCCGUUGCGUGCCCUCAAUGCCGAGCCUUCCCGACCUGUCCUUCCCGAGCGAGUCCAACGAGGAGGACCAGGACUCGCAGCCGUCGCCCAAGAAGCCGCGCCUGAACUCUACGGACGAAGAAGGCUGCCACUGCAACAGGAAUGACCCGGACGAACUGUUCUUGCUGAGCUGUGCGCCGAUCCUACAAAGGUUGAGCGCGAAGCAGAAUGCUGGCGCGCGGCUUAAGAUUCAGCAGGUGCUGUACGAAGCCGAAUUCGGAAUGCAGGCAGAGUUACCCUACCUCACACCGGCCGGCGAGGUCAUAGGGGUCAUACAGGACUUACACGAGCCGGUAGACUAAACAGUGCAGUACGGACCAUAGAAUAAGUGGACUGUUGGACUCAAUAACAGGCAGGAGCCAUAGAAUUAUACAGGGUGU